AUGUCAGAACCUCCUCAAGUGUUCCGAGCUACUUACUCAAACACUGAUGUAUAUGAAUGUUCAAUGAAUGAUUCACCAAUCAUGAGGAGAUGUAAAGAUGAUUGGGUUAAUGCCACACAAAUCUUAAAAUGUUGUAAUUUUCCUAAAGCAAGAAGAACCAAAAUUUUAGAAAAAGGUGUUCAACUGGGAUUACAUGAAAAGAUUCAAGGUGGAUUUGGAAGAUUUCAAGGAACUUGGAUUCCAUUGGAUGAUGCAAGAAGAUUAGCAGCUACAUAUGGAGUCACUAAAGAAGAUGCUCCUGUGCUAUAUUUGGAUUUCAAUGACCCAAAUUUAAUCAUUCCCAAUAAAGCUAAACCUGUACCUAAAGAACCUUCACUGGUUAAGAGAAAAUAUGUCAAGAAACCAAAAGUAGUAGGAGAUACGCCAAUUAAGAAAUAUAAAACUGGGAAAAAGGCAGCCUUGCAACAAGCUGUGGCAGACGCUGCGGCUGCAGAGGUUGAAGCUGCUGCUACAAUCGUGUCAGCAAACGGAGGAUUUCCUCCUCAAGAAGCAUUCAAUGGGGGAUCUAGACAUCCUUCAUAUGUUGCACCUAAUGGGCAAUUUCAGCAAAUGUAUGGGCAACCACCACCACCACCACCCCAACAACAACAACAACAGCCGCAACAGCUUGUAGCUCCAACAAAUGGUGCUGGCCGUUUACAAGGAGGAAUACCUCAAGCAAUUCCUCCACAACAAUUACCACCAGGAACAGCUCCAUUCAGUCAAAAUGAAUUCAUUCCUAUAAAUAACAAUAUGCCAUUUCCAAAUGAGUUUCAAAAUUUUCAAAUGCAAAUGCAACAUCAACAACAAGCACAAGCUCAACAACAACAGCAACAGCAGCAGAUUGCCAAAUUUUAUAAUGGAAACGGAUAUAGUGCCCCACAAUCAAAUAACAAUCUUCCAAUACAUUAUCAAAAAGUUCCAACUUCAUCACAAUCUUCCAAUGACACCAAUUGGUCACAACGUGAGAGUGAUACGUCAAUAAAUUCAGCAGAUGGAGAUACGAAGAAUCAAAUCUUAAAAAGUGAUAAUACCUAUUCAGCCCAAUUAUUAAAGUUCUUUAGUGAUGAUGAUGCCGAAAUUCCAUAUUUCAUAAAUUAUCCUCCUGCCGAUUUCAACAUAAAUGAAGCAAUUGAUGAUGAAGGGCAUACUGCCCUUCAUUGGGCUUCAUCUAUUGGAAAUCAUCAAAUGAUUCAUUUACUUUUAUCUAAAGGUGCCAAUCCAUUGGUAGUGAAUAAUUUUGGAUUGAAUCCACUUUCGAAAUUGAUUUCAUUUAAUAAUUGUUAUGAAUUGAAGAAUUUCCCUAAGGUAUUAGAUGAUUUGGAAUUGUGCUUGAUAAAUACUGAUAUUAAUGGUAGAACGCCAUUACAUUAUUUAGCUCAAUUUUCGAAAAUGAAAUCGAAAUAUGAAAGUCUAAGAUAUUAUUUGACUACUAUUUUGAAUAAACUUACAACAAUGUCAAAUAAUAUCAAACCGGAAUUAUUGAGUAAUGUAAUCAAUCAUCAAGAUGUGAAUGGAGAUACUUGUUUACAUAUUGCUGUUAGGGCAGGUUGUACUAAAUUGGUGAAGUCACUUUUACAAUAUGGAGCUAGAGAUGAGUUGGAGAAUGUUCAGAGAGAAACAGCAAGAUUAUUAAUAGGACAAUAUGGAUUAAUACCCAAUUAUAAUACUCAGGAAGCGGCGAUUUUCCAACAACCGCAACAACAACAUCAACCACCACCAGGACCUCCACCUUCACAGGAACAAUUGCUACCACCUCCACCCCAACAACCCCAAUUACAACCUCCAGCUAUGCAACUAUCACAACCUCCAAAUUCCCAAAUCCUUCCACAAAUACAGGCUCGCACACAACGAGAACCUCAACCAUAUCCUUAUCCAGUUCAUAAUCAACUUUUGGCUACCCCAAUACAUCCUUCAAGAGCCGCGGAAACUCCAGAUACACAAAGAACUACAAUUCAAGAAGAUGACGAGGAUGAUGACGAUAUGAAAAUCACCGCUCACGUAAACAAACAGCAUCUAGAUGCGCUUAAUAAUAAUGUGUUUCUUGAUAAACCCAUAGUUACCAGUUCUCCUGAAGUUAGCCGAAUCAUGAAGAUGGAACAUACUCCAUAUAAACCAAACCCACCCCAAUUGGAUGAAAAUGGAAAGAUAUUGGAACUGCCUAGUUCUGAGAAAAAAAUGUUGGAAAUGUCAGAUUUGAAAUCUAUGAUUAAUGGAAUGAUUAAUUCUCUUAGUGAUUCAUAUCUUUCGGAAAUGAAUAAUCUUAAUCAUGAACAGAAUAAACUUGAGAGUUUGAUUCAGCAGAAAUCAAAUGAGAAUAGGGAUAUUUUGUCGGCAUUCAAGAAGAUUUUUCGAGUUUCUGGACUUGAUAUUGAAGAUUUUGAUUCUGUUGAACAAGGAAAAGACAUCGUGCUUGAAAAUAUUGAAAAAUGUUUACAAAUCUUAUCUGAGAAAGAACAAGAUUUCUUUAGGGUUAUGCUGAGAAAUCAAGCUUACUCAUUAGCGAAAUUAGUUCAAGAACAAGAAAUGAAAUAUGUAGAACAAGAUCAACAAAAAGGGGGUGAUGCUGUCGAUAGUGAUCAAGAAGAUGAAGAGAAAUUCGAACAAGCGGUUGAUUUGACACAAUUACAAAUCCAAAGAAAUAAAUUGGUGAAACAAAUUGGUGAACGGACUACUUUGUUUGCGGUUGAUGAUAAGAUGUAUAAGUAUAGAAAAUUGAUUAGUUUGAGUUGUGGCUUAAAAGUGGAGGAUAUUGACGGGUUGAUAGAUGGGAUUGAAGAAAGUUUAGUUGAAGGGAUGAGUUAG